GGGCAGUCUUCGGAAAUUCACUUCAGGGCUACUGUGGUUGAUUCCAGCUAUUUCCAGUGUGCCACGGAUGUUUUUGACACCAUCGCAUCGUGUUAAUUUCUGCACGGUCUUCAAUUCAGGGUCACUACACGACGUACAGGACACAAAAAUGCAGCGAUAUCUCUUCCGCAUUCUCGCUCAGGCUAGUUGACUUCAACUUCAUUUUCCUCUAAUCGUCUCUUCAAUUACCGCGAAAGCCUACUAGGUCUCAUUACUGCCUGAUCCCCGACCCAGCAGUCACGUAUCGUUUCACGACGACAUGAACAGCCAUAUGAUACAGAAUUUGACGCAUCCUCACAUUGGUGAGAAAAUUCACGACACGAUGCACCAUUUGCAAGAUGUCCUACAUCAUCACACUGGGAAACAUCCCAAAGAGACCACGCAUGAGAAAGCGCCAAAAGAUGAACCUGUGGGACCCGACGAAGAUUCGUGUCCGCUGGACGAGCUGAAGAAGUGCAAGGAACGCUUCGAUGGCUGGAAAUCUGAACUCGAGCAUGCGGGACACAACAGUGAUCAGGUGGAAUUUGAAGACAUUCUCGCGGCAAUCCUGGAGGUGGGGAAGCAUACGGAUAAGACACUCGAGCUGUCCAAAACAGCUAUCGAGGGCCACAGGAAGCUCUGCAAAAAGAUGGCAACCCGGCUCGACGCGCCUCAAGAACCCGGAGACGAUGUGGUCUGCACAGGGGAAGAAGUCCGGCGGUCGUUCGACGCCUUGUUUCCGCAGAUCGACGUUCUGCAGGCAGCCUUGCACAACAUUUCUACGAAGCUCGCAUGCUUUCCGGUGAAUAAUGCGGAGAGUCCGGGGACGACACACCACUGGUGGCGUGACAUGUGGUCGAAGCAUCAUGAGAAGUUCUUCCAUGCACUCAAGAUCGUCGUGAUAAUCAUCGUCAAGGCCGUGCUGGUCGUUGUCACAAUCCAUCCUGCCGGUCACCUCGUUCACGGGCUCGUGACAGCCAUCGCCCCCCAUUUCGAGGAAUGGGCCGAGAAGGAAUUCAAGAAGGCUGGUGAGAUCAUGCGAGGCUGGUUCACCAAACAUAUGUUCCAUCACCACUCCGCCGAUGUCAAGCACAUCGUGGACUUGAUUCACAACGAACUCCCAAAACAGAUCGAGGACGUCCGGAGGAAGGUGGGAGAGUCCCGCGAUAGAUUGAAACAAGAGGCGGAGAAAGUCGAGGAGCAGCUCAUGCUGAAGACGUCACAAGAACACAUGCACAUGGAGCCGGAUUCAGAGCGGGCGAAGGACGCGGCGGACAGGAUGAGACGCAUGAGCAAUGGUGCCCACGUCAAGACUUUGGGCAAGGUGCACCCGGAGAUGCAUCAUCUUUGGAACUUGCACUUCUACAGCAAGGAAUCUGACGAGGGGCCGCUAUUCAUUGUACAGCUCACUGCACGUUCGUGAGCCUCAUACUAUAUGCGCUGAGAAACGUCUGGUCGCUACAUAAUCGCUAUCUCGUGUUGAUAUUUUCAUUUUGCGUUCGCCCGACCGUGUA